GUUUCUGCAUUGUGCUGGAUGAGAAGGCAGUGUGUAGAACGGGGAGCGUGUUGUUAUUGCAGCAGCAGCAGCGAGAGAAAGCGCGCGCGAGAGAGAGGCGGAUUGGAACGUUGGCCCGGCAGCCGGGCGCGCGCGAGCGACAGACAGACAGAGAGAGAGAGUGAGGCAGACGCAGCUCUCGAGCAGUAACGGUCGGUUGCCGGUCGGGCCGCAGUUGCAGGACCCAGCGCGCGCGCUCUCUCUCUCUCUCCAUCUCGUCCCCUUCGCAAGAAUGGCUCACUUCAACCGAGGUCCCGCGUACGGGCUCACCGCCGAAGUGCGGAACAAGAUUCUUCAGAAAUAUGACUCUCAGAAAGAGGAAGAAUUGAGAGUCUGGAUUGAAGAAGUAACAGGCAGACGCUUGGGUGAGAACUUCCAACUCAGCCUGAAGGAUGGUGUAAUUCUUUGCAUGCUCAUGAACAAGUUGCAACCCAAUUCAAUCAAGAAAGUAAAUGAAUCCAAAUUAAACUGGCACCAGCUGGAGAAUAUUGGUAACUUUAUUAAAGCCAUUCAGUCUUAUGGGAUGAAGCCACAUGACAUUUUUGAAGCAAAUGAUCUUUUUGAGAAUGGGAACAUGACUCAAGUACAGACAACACUUUUGGCACUUGCUAGUCUGGCAAAAACGAAAGGCUUUCACACAAGAAUGGACAUUGGUGUUAAAUAUGCAGAUAAACAGGAAAGGCACUUCAAGGAGGAAAAACUGAAGGCUGGACAAAGUGUAAUUGGACUUCAGAUGGGAACCAACAAGUGUGCUAGCCAAGCAGGUAUGACAGCCUAUGGCACUAGAAGACACCUUUAUGAUCCGAAGACUCAUACUGAGAAACCUUACGAUCAAACAACCAUAAGCCUCCAGAUGGGAACAAACAAAGGUGCCAGUCAGGCUGGUAUGACAGCCCCGGGUACCAGAAGACACAUCUAUGACCAAAAAGUGUCGACAGAGAAAUGUGACACUUCAACAAUAUCGCUGCAGAUGGGCACUAACAAAGGAGCUUCUCAAACAGGCAUGACUGUAUAUGGCCUUGGACGGCAGGUGUACGACUCCAAAUAUUGUGCCACACCAACUGAGCCUAUAAUCCACAAUGGAAGCCAGGGAACAAAUGGUUCAGAAUACAGUGAUGGAGAUUACCAAGGUGAAUACCCUGAUGAUUAUCCCCUAGAGUAUCAGGAUGAGUACCAAGGAGAUUACCGUGCUGAAUAUUCUGAUCACGGUGUUGAUUAUUAAAGAGCAGUAUUAUGACCCAUUAUGCCUUUGUGAACUAGCUAGACAGCUUUGGUUUUGCUACACAGUCUUCCAUGAAUUUAAAGGUCCAAAAGAUUGGAUUGCUGCCUUUUUUCUCUGCACAGCUAAUCCAUAAAAGCAGUAUUUGCUGUCUUGCUUUUCUAUCCUUUUUAUUACCACUUGCUGGUGACAGUAAUUACCACUUCUAACUACUGGAGACAAUUCAAUGUCACUUGGACUUAAAAGAAAAAAAAAUCAGCAUUUAGAAAUCAUACCUGGCACCUUCCUACAAUUAAAAACUGUUGUGUUGACUUUAAUUGCCGUCACCUUGCAUAGUAUGUUUGAUUGGAUUCUGGGAGGAAACACAGUCCAUUAUUUGCUACACCAAGUUGCUGUCAGCUAUGAUGUAGUUUCAAAUAUUAGGAGCUGAAACAAUUUAAAUCUGCAUUUACAGCUAGCUGUUUGUCAUAUCCUUUAGUCUUAUAUUUUGUUCUAACUUUUCAUAAUUGUUUUUUGUAUGGGACCAAUGCCAUUUCAAAUGCACAACCUAAAAUAAAAACUGGGAAGAAUGUCAUGUUCAUGGAUAAUGACUCUUCUAAGGUUAGAAGUGAAAUGGCACAUGACAGCUGCAAAUAAGAAAAGGGCCUGUUCAAAACUACAAUGGGAUCAAAGUUAAAGUACUGGGAUUCAAAUCUUAAAAGCUAAUCCUGCCUUAAACCUUUACGUUCUGAAUUGUUAAGACAACAAAUUUAGUUAUGCAAUAUGUAGGGUAAUAAUCUUAAGUUUAAAACAAUUCACCUCAAUGUAAUGCAUUGUUUAGUACCAUUGGGAUAUUGUCUGUGUGGAGGCAAAAAUAUGUAAUUGAAAAUUGAAAUCAUUCUUCUCACUACAUUUAACCAAAUAAAGUGACUGAAACGAUUUGCAAAGUUAGAUGAUUGAACAGCUAUCUGUACUAAAAAGGGACUUUAUGAAAUGCAGUGCUUUUUUUUCCCAUUUUUGCUCUAGAUUAAGUGUAUUUUACUUAUGUGCCAUAUUUUAUCCAUGUAGGAAUUCUCUCCUCAUUUUUGUAUUUAUUGCCAUUUUCUUUGGCAUAAAUGUCUUUGUGUAUGGUUAAUUUUUGUGAAUAAAAAUUACUAUAGAGA